AAGUGAUGACAAAAGAAACAAGUCCUUUGCAAAAAGGUGUAAAGAAGAUUGAAGAGCAAAGGGUGGUAAAUAGGAUAGACAAGCUCGAUAUGCCCACAAUGUCCUGGGCAAAAUAGACUGAUCCGGCUACAGGUUUUACAACUGCAUUACGAGAGAUUCAUGGAGAGACAGCAUUAAUAAGGAUAUAAAAAUCAAGUCUUUAUACAAAAAUUACUUUAAAAGAAGAAGUCUUUACGGUGUUUUAUCAUCCAGCGGACCCAUAAGAGGAUCAUAGAGACCACCAGGGACAGGUCUCUCAACGGUAUCGAGUAAGACGGGAUUAGUAACUUUCAUAACACUAUGGUUUCGGACAUCUUGUUCUGUCAUGAAGCUAAAUCUAACAGACUUAACGACUUGGGAAGCUCCCUGGAGAAACCAAAAGCUCGAGAACAUAAGUUAAAACCAUAAGUUAAAACCAUUAAGGAAGAAAUAAAAAAACAGAACUUGCACGCCAUGAAAGUGAAACGUAACAAAACCUCUGUGGUUUGAGUUUGAGCCAUUGCUGCUGAGUUCUGCAAGCACGGAUAAAAUAAGGGUUUUAACAAUUAUUUGCUUAUCGCCGAAGUUUAAUCGGAGUUUGAAAGUGAGAGAAUAAACCCUGAGAAAGCCGUCAAGGUUUUAGUUUUAGGGUAGAAAAAAAAACUGUCGGUUUAUAGUUUUAUAUAAUUAAUUACAUUAACUUAAGUAUUAACCUGACAAAAAAAAUCUUUUUGAUUAAAGUAUUAACUUGAAUAUACAGUGUUUAGUUUUUUUUUUUUUUUUUGUGAACGAAGAAUAAGAUUUUUGAUGAUAUUAGGUAAACUAGAUAUCAUAAACGAACCUAAUCAGAAAAGUAUUAGAGAUUUUUUAAAUGUGAUUCUUUCCUUUUCCAGAUUAGAUAUGUGUAUUUUUGAAACGGUUUAGAUCAUUAAAAAGGAAAUAAAGUAGAAAGAAAAAUAUUUAAAAAGGAAAGAUAAGAUCUGUGAAACCUUAUAUAAGGAGGGUUAAGGUAUUCUAUUUUGUUACAUUCACACAUUCAUCAACGCUUGAGUUCAAUAUUUGCUUCCAAAACUUUCUCUCUUCGAUCAUACUUGUAAUCUUUCUUGUUCAUCUUCAGUAGAUAAUGGCGACUAGGACAAUAAUCUUCAGCUUCGUGUUCGCGAUGAUGAUGAGCUUCACGGUAUUCUGCUCGGCGAGGAUCUACAAAGUCGGAGACUCCGAGGGAUGGACUGCCAAGGACGACGUCUACUACGCUUGGGCCGAAGCCGACCAUAAGGAGUUCCACGUGGGAGAUUCUCUCGUCUUCGAAUACGAUCCCAACAUCAACGACGUGACUCAUGUUUCUGGCUCUUUGGAAUACGAGUUUUGCGACUAUUCUUCUCCUAAAGCCGUCUACAACACAGGACACGAUGUCGUGACCCUCACGAAACCAGGUUUUCACUACUUCAUCACCUCAAACCAAGCUCAAUGCGUAUUGGGACAGAAACUCGAAGUUCUUGUCAUCCAUGACCCGUCACGUCCGGUUCCUCCACCACCACCGAGCAAGAUUCUUCCUGACGGAAAGACUUACAAGGUCGGAAACUCACAAGGAUGGAAAGUCUAUGACGACAUUGACUUCUACAACAAGUGGAGUGAGGAAAAACAGUUUCAUGUUGGAGAUACUCUGCUUUUCGAAUACGACAACGAAGUCAACGACGUCUAUGAAAUCAGUGGUGACCUAGAAUUUAUUACCUGCGACUCAACGUCUCCGGUAUCCGUGCACAAGACAGGACAAGAUCUUGUUAGGCUUACAAAAUCAGGAGUUCAUUAUUUUGUAACCUCACACUCUGGUUAUUGCGAGGCUGGGCUUAAACUUCAAGUGAUAGUUGGACCACUACCCGAAGCUGUUGCUUUUUCUAGUUUUCCGAAGAAGGUGGACUUGUCAGCUAUGGAGCGUCUCAACAACUGGUUGAAGACGUUCAAACACUAACCCAUUCUUUUUCUUGUCUGGUUUAAGAUUUUUUUCCAGUGUAGAGUUAUUGUUUGUCUCUCUCGUCUUUAGUACUUUGUUUUGAGAGUAAUUUUCUAUUACCACCAUCGUUGUAGAGUAUAUUUGAUAAGAGCAGAAUAUUCAAUAAAAUUCAAAAGAAAAAUAAAACCAGCCUCUAGUUGGUAUGACUGACCAUCACACUCAGAGCAUAACAUUCCUUUUGAAUCGUAUCUAAUAUCUUGAACUCUUGGGACUGUAGAAGUGUGAUAAUGAAACCUAUGUCGUACAACUCUGACACGCUAGUAACGUUUUAAGUUAGACUAUUUGUACACGCGUAGCAGCAUCAGAACAACAAGAUAAAGACGCAGCAGGAGAAUCUAUUGCAACGCAAGCUUUAUUAUAAUGGAUAAAAGAUCAGCUUCUUCCAUAGUUGGUGACUACUUUUACUGAGCUUCUUUUGGUUACACUUUAAGAGUGUGGUUAUGCUGCAUCUAGUUCUGUAGUUUCUUUUUGAACCUGCAUCAGAUUAUGUUGUUGCUUCUGGUUCUAUUGUUAUUUUUGAUGCUACAUUAGUUGAAAGGUUGCAAUAAGUUUUUUUCUUCUAACGUUUGUUACAUUUCUGCUUUAGUAAAACUGGGCAUUUGGUUAUUUUCGGUUUUGAAAAACUGUCACUGAAGCCAAACUAUAUUUCAGUUCGGUUCGAAAUUUGAAUAGUUCGGUUCGGUUUUGCGUAUCAUCAUUAUGUGUUUCGAACCGAACCGAAUUUGUUUCAAGUUUUGGUUUAUGAACUUAACUCGGUGAAGCAAACAAAAAUUAAUCGAAUAAAAUUCUAUCAAUUUCAGUUUUUUUGCGGAUAUUUGGUUCGUUUAUUCGGUUGAAUGUUGUCGAAUCAAACAAUUUCUGCUAAACCGACUGAAUUUUUAAGGUUCGCUGGUCAGUUCUUAGCUAAACCAGAUGUGAAACCAAAAACCAAAAUUUUCAGU